GUGGAAGACGCAGUUACUGGCGCUACGAAUUUGUUUAUUGAAUGGAUUCUUUGUUAGAUAUCAAGAAUCUUAAAAGAAAUCUAUAUUAAAAUGCAGAAGACGGAUAUAUCCGAAAUCCGGUGGGUUGUGAGAAAUGUGAAGCUACUUUGGAGUGAGAAAAUUUCACUAAUAUCACCCAUUUUUGACGUAAAUGAAGUAUCUCAUCCACAUAGCCGGCGUCUAAUAAUAACACGUACCGUUGCACCAGACACUGAAGAAGAAACAAUUGAGGGACUUCAAAAAUCGCCAGAAAAGGGAUACAUGUCCUUAUAUCUUCAAAAUUUAUUUUUUAAGAAUUGUAGUAACAUGCGUGAUACUUUGAGUGUCACUUUUUCGCUUAUCCACCCUAUUCGAGGAGAAAUACUUAGUCAAAGUGAAAUCCAAUUCGAUGCAUGUUCAGGAAAUCUUUUUGGACUUGAACGAUUCGUCAGUAUGGAAACAUUGGCAGAAUACGGAUUUGAUUUUACAAUAAUUUGUAAAUUUAGGAAACUCUGGCAAGAUUUUAAAACUUACGCAAAAUUUUUUAAGCAACAAAUCUCUAGCGAUAUAAACUUAUUAAUAGUUGAUGAAAUCCAGACUUUUCCAGCGCACAAGCUAGUUCUAGCUUUAGGCAGUUACCAUUUUCAAAAAUUAUUCGAAAAUAAGAAGUCCAUAUCAUGGCUAGCAAUUGAGAAAAUGAAACUUGAGGUGGCUACCGAAAUGUUGAGAUAUAUUUACACGGGUGAAGCAAUAUAUACCAAGAAACUUAUACACGAACUUUUCAGAGCUUCCAUGAAAUACGAAGUUCGCGGUCUCCGUUCGAGUUGUCAAAAAUUCUUAGUGCAAAAUCUAAAUGUCGAAAACCUUGUUCCUACUCUCUUGUCAUGCAGCGGAUACUUCCUUUACCACGUCGACUUUUUAAAUCAACUAAUUUUAGCGUGCAUGCGUUUAAUUGUUGAAAACUUAGAUGAGGUUGUUAAAUUGGAUGUUUGUAAAGAGUUAAUUGGAAAAGAACCACAAAUACUUACAGAGAUCAUAGCUCAUCUGUCUACUUCGAAUGUUCUAACAGAUUCUUCUACUGAAGAAGAUUCCGUCUGCUCACAAGUUAGUCAGAAAAGGUUUGAAAGAUUCGUAAAUAGCUCAGAUUUUAGCGACAUUAUAAUUCAAGUAAACGAUCUAAAAUAUCCGGCGCAUAAAGUGAUUCUAGCAGCAAGUAGUCCAGUUUUCAAUGUGAUGUUUUCACACAAUAUGAAGGAGACUAUUUGCGGUGUCGUGAAAAUAGAAGACAUAAGACCUGAAGUUUUUGAAACUCUUCUUAAAUUUAUUUAUACUGACGAAAUUGAAAGUCAGGAUGAUUUUAUGCCGGAGAUUUUGAUUGCUUCUGAUAAAUACGAAAUAAACGACUUGAAGUGGGAGUGUGAAAAUAUCUUGGGAGAAAAAUUAACUUCCGACAAUGUUAUCGCAACACUGAUAUUUGCCGCUGACCACAACGCAGAAAGACUAAAGAAGAAAUGUUUGAGGUUCAUUACCCAUGCAAAUAGUCCCUUUUGGAGUAACAGUUUAAAUUAUUUUAACAUUCCAAAACAAAAGUUAAAUAUUAAUUUAACAAAAUCUCAUCCACACUUACUUUAUGACAUGUUGAAGGAAAUUCAUGAGAAUAAAUUUUCUUAA